CCGCUCCCUCGUCACGUGGUGAGCGCGCAGGGCGGCUUCGGCGGCCGCCAUGUUUUGCGGCCUGAGGCCGCGCCGGGCCGGGCAUGGCGGCGGCCGGGAGCAACUGGCUGUCCGGGGUGAACGUGGUGCUCGUGAUGGCCUACGGCAGCCUCGUCUUCGUGCUCCUCUUCAUCUUCGUCAAGCGGCAGAUCAUGCGCUUCGCUAUGAAGUCCCGACGUGGGCCCCAUGUCCCUGUGGGGCAGCACGCGCCCAAGGACCUGAAGGAGGAGAUCGACCUCCGGCUGUCGCGGGUGCAGGACAUCAGGUACGAGCCCCGGCUCCUGGCUGAGGAUGACGUCCGGCUCCUGCAGCUGGAGACACAAGGCUGCUAUAACUACCUGUACAGGAUGAAGGCGCUGGAUGCCAUCAGGACAUCUGAGAUCCCGUUCCAUGCAGAUGGCCGGUACCCCAGGUCCCUGAUAGGGAAGAACUUCUGUGCCUACCUGCUGGAGCUGCGGAACUCCAGCACCUCCUUCAAGGGCAUCCGCAAGGCUCUGAUUGACACCCUGCUGGAUGGCUACGAGAGCGCCCGCUAUGGCACUGGGGUCUUUGGGCAACCGGAGUAUCUCAAGUACCAGGAUGCUCUGAACGAGCUGGCAAACAUGACCAAGGCCCGGGCAGGCAGCAGCCAGCGGCAGCACCAGUCGGCAGCCAAGGACCUCACCCUGUGCCCUGAAGCCUCCAACCCUGCCACCAUCCAGGUCACCUACCUGCCUUCCAGCCAGAAGAGCAAACGUGCCAAACACUUCCUGGAGCUCAAGAGCUUCAAGGACAACUACAACACACUGGAGAGCACCCUGUGAGCUGGGGCAGUGCUGGUGGCACACAGCUCCCUGCCAUAGGCAGAGCCCCUUGUGGGGUGCAGGCUCCUGAGCAGGUUGUGGCUGCAGGUGGCUGCGCUCUGGGCUCUCCCUCUUGCACCGCGUUGGAGGUCACUCAAUGGAGCCUC